UAGGAUAGCAAAAACUAAUAUUAUUAUUUCUUUUUGUCUCUUUUCUCAAGUCAAGUCUGCUGCUUUUUCACAUUUCUUUCUCAACGCUAUCUUCUCUGCUGAGAAAAAGCCAUGAAAAUAAAAAUGGGGAAGGAAGUGAAGUUUCUGGAUUUUUAAGGAAAUUUGAUUUUAUACGAUGGGCGGAAGUUCAGUAGAUGAUGGUUGGGAGCUUACUUCCCCAUCAAAUGGGGUAAGAACAGUUGUUUUAGUUGGCCGCACUGGCAAUGGCAAAAGUGCAACGGGUAACAGCAUUACUGGAAGAAAGUCCUUCAUAUCCAAGGCAAGCUCGAAUGGUGUUACAAGCACAUGUGAAUUACAAACAACUAUAUUGGGAGAUGGUCAAAUUGUUAAUGUUAUUGACACUCCUGGUCUAUUUGAUUUUUCCGAGGGGUAUGAGUUUAGUGGCAAAGAAAUCGUCAAAUGUAUUCAUUUGGCCAAGGAUGGGAUUCAUGCCGUUCUCCUAGUUUUCUCUGUUAGAGCCCGCUUCACACAUGAAGAAGCAGCUGCAAUACGCAGUUUACAGACUCUGUUUGGAAGUAAUAUUAUUAAGUAUAUGAUUGUUGUGUUUACUGGGGGAGAUGACCUUGAGGAUGAAGAUAGGACUUUGGAAGAUUAUAUAAGCAGCAACUGUCCAGAGCCUUUAAAGGAAAUCCUUGCUUUGUGUGAAAAUCGCUGUGUACUUUUUGAUAACAAGACUAAGGAUAAAAGCAAGAGGGUCGAACAAGUUCAGCAGCUUUUCUCUCUUGUAGACACAGUUAUAGCACAGAAUGGUGGACUUCCAUUCAGUAAUGAGCUGUUUGCUGAUCUGAAGGAAGGAGCUGUAAAACUCCAGCAGAUGGAGGAUGGUUUGUCUAAGGGAUGUUCUAAAAAAGAAAUAUUGGAUUUGAAGAAUGACUUGCAAUGUUCAUAUGAUGAGCAACUUAAACGAAUUACUGAGAUGAUUGAGAUGAAGCUGAAAGAGGCAAUAACUAGGCUUGAACAACAAUUGGCGGAUGAACAAGCUGCAAGGCUGCAGGCAGAAAAGGAAGCAGCCAAAGCUCGAGAGAAAUCAGAGGAUGAAAUCCGUCAGCUUAAAGAACAUCUGACAAAAGCACAGGAGGAGCUCUGUAAGAGACCUGAAAAUCGGUGCACCAUUCUAUGAUUUAGUAACUUUUGUUGAACUAUUUGGCAGGUAAACUAUUUAAUCGUUUUCGUUUUCUCUUUAUUGUGGUUGGAAAGGAGAUUUUACAUCAUUCGUUUGCAAUGUGAACUCCUAUCUAUUGUGUUUAAAUAUCCUAUAUAAGUGUUUUAUUUUGUGGUUAA